UGUACCAGUGACUGUUUUACUGUGCUCGUUUGUUUAACUGUGCUAAUAACAGCCAUUUUGGGCUUCCAUUGUAUUCCGUUGCUUUUACGCGGUUUUUGGACUACGCACGUAUCUUAUCUUGCCGAUCGCAACUGUACUCCUUUGGCACGAUCUCGGUAUUCUUUCGAUACCACGAGAUCGCCAACAAAUAUAUACGACUACUACAAUCAUCUGCCUUCUGAUAUUUUGGCCUAUCGGAAUUUUAUUGGUCUAUUGGCAAGUAGUCUGGUAGCGGUGUUCAUAGUUCAGCUCAACUCGACACCACGCUACAUUUGGUGACCCGAAUUUUGGAACACGCCUCAACUUCGGUCAAAUCUUCUGCAACUGGUGAACCUACAUCUACGAGCACUUGGCAAUCGCAACCAAACCUUCCAAAGAAGUCAAUUUUGGUGAGUCUAUCGCUUAUCUAUCCACGUCUGUCAUAUAUUUCCAUAUUAAUUUUUAAUAUAUAUAUUUGACAUGACGGAUAACGAUAAGAAUAAUAUUAACGUAAUAGACUCUGACGUACAGGUUAUACACUUUCGACCUGUAUCUUUUAUUCCUCACGAUCCCGAAGUUUGGUUUGCUGCUAUAGAGUCUCAAUUUGAGACCCGUCAUAUUACAAGCCAACGGCAGAAGUACACUUACGCUCUCGAAUGUUUACCGGGAGACCAUUUAGUAGCUGUCCGUGAGGUUGUCCUCAAUUCCAAUGUGCCCAAUGUUUACGAUCGUCUCAAGGAGGCGGUCCUCAGAUAUUUCCUUCCAUCGAGGGAGGAACGAUUGAGGACGUUAUUAGCACGUCACCCCCUGGGUGAUGCUAAACCGAGCCACCACCUCACGCGCCUGCAAUCUCUUGCAGGACCCACGGCAGCCGAUUCUGAAAUUGUUAAAGAACUGUGGCUCGAAUCUCUACCAGCAUUUAUCCAACCUACAGUUACGGCCCUGCUCGAGGACGCACCACUGAAACAGGUAGCCCUCACAGCAGACAAAAUUCUAGCUAGGACUGGCAACCGAGACAACUACAUAGUUGCCUCAACGUCGCGUCCGAAAGUCGAUAUCGACGGCAGCCACUCCUCGGCUCAAGGUGACAGGGAAGGGUGUAUUCACACACGUCUUAAUUUUCGAGACCGUUGUAACGUACCCCAACCCUACGUCCCUCGAGUCCGCUCACGAUCCCGAAAAGCCGUCAACACUCGCCCAACGAGGGCAUCUUCCAAGCCACGCCAAAAGGCGGCUUCGGAAGCGAGUGCAGGUUGGUGCUGGUUUCAUCGAUCCUUCGGAUCUGGUGCCCGCCGUUGUCGAGCCCCGUGCUCAUACAAGGCGGGAAACUCCAAAGCCGGCGAGUAAAAGCGGCCGUACUCGCCGGCCCUGCCCCCCAGGUUGGCCGUUUAUUUUACGUGCACGAUUAUCGCACAAACGCUAGGUACCUAGUUGAUACAGGUGCCCAAGUUUCUGUCGUACCACGAGGUAUCAUCAAGUCACAAGCUACAAUGCUUCGACUACGCGCUGCAAAUGGCUCAGCCAUUCCUACCUACGGUACACGACAACUCGCGGUCAACCUGGGCAACCGACGACGGUAUCUGUGGACGUUCAUCAUUGCUGAUGUUCCCACAGCCAUACUAGGUAUUGAUUUCCUACAGCACUAUGAAUUGCUAGUCGAUUCACGUAGGCUGCAGCUAAUCGAUACUUCGUCGAACAGCAAAUUCAUGGGCUUUAAAGCUCACACAAACGCGUACCGAAUCCUCGGAACUUUUUAUUCGCGUGACGAUAAAUUCCACGCCUUAUUCGAGAAAUUCCCCAGAUUAACUAAACCAUUCGAGGAGAUUUCAUCGGUGACCAAUCGUGUGGUACACCACAUAGUCACCCGCGGACCACCAGUCACGGCAAGACCACGCCGACUGGCACCGGACAAAUUAGCUUUCGCUAAACGUGAGUUUGACAAUUUACUAUCUUCUGGUAUUAUUCGUCCUUCUCACAGUCCUUGGGCCUCUCCUUUACACAUGGUGCGCAAAAAGGAUGGGGUUAGUUGGAGACCUUGCGGCGACUACCGAGCAUUAAACGUAGUUACGCGCCUUGAUAGCUACCCCAUCCCCCACAUACACGACAUCACGGCAUCGCUCAAGGGCACGACUAUCUUUUCUAAAAUCGAUCUGGUACGAGCAUAUCACCAGAUCCCAGUCGCUCUUGAAGACAUCGAAAAAACUGCUAUCACGACUCCUUUCGGUCUGUUUGAGUUCCUACGAAUGCCAUUUGGAUUACGGAAUGCUGCUCAAACUUUCCAAAGGUUUAUCGAUAGCAUAGUACGAGACUUGGAUUUUGUUCACGUCUAUAUUGAUGACCUGCUGAUCGCAUCAUCAAACGUAGAUGAACAUUAUCAACACCUUACGCUAUUAUUCCAACGUCUUUCGGAUAAUGGAAUAGUAGUCAACCCAGAGAAAUGUGAAUUGGGUAAAUCAGAAAUAAUAUUUCUGGGUCACAUCAUCAAACAAGAGGGUAUUCUGCCUUGCGAGGACAAAGUUCGAGCAAUCAAGGAGUACAACGUGCCGUCCUCAAUCAAGGAACUGAAGGCUUUUCUCGGUUUGGUUAACUUCUACCGACGUUUCAUCCCUCACGCGGCAGAACGGUUACGACCAUUAACCGAUUUACUACGCGGUAAUCCACGCAAAUUAGAACUGAACGAUACCGCACGUACUGCAUUCUCAGAGAUCAAAACGGCUCUCGCUGAAGUUACACUUCUCGCUCAUCCUGACCCAUCAGCCACGCUUAGUAUAGCGGUUGAUGCAUCAGAUUUCGCUAUAGGAGCCGUUAUGCAACAGAAUAUCUCCGGUAGUUGGCAACCGCUUGAAUUUUUCUCACGACGCCUUACUCCCACGGAGACGAGAUAUAGCGCUUUUGGUCGCGAGCUGCUUGCAGCCUACUGCGCCAUCAAACAUUUCCGGCACGCAGUAGAAGGACGUCAAUUCAUCUUAUUCACCGACCAUAAGCCCUUAACGUAUGCCCUGCAUACCAAGUCUGACCGCUACUCACCACGAGAGUGCAGACAUUUGGACUAUAUCUCCCAGUUCACGACAGACCUUCGUCACAUUAAAGGCGAGUCGAACUAUGUUACCGAUGCUCUAUCACGUAUCCAGACGAAUGCAGUUACCUUACCGGUGCUCGAUCUUCCUGCUAUGGCCGCCGCGCAAGCAAACGAUCCUGUCUGUACAGAAGCACCACAAUCUUCGUCCCUUCAGUGUCAGGAAGUACCCCUAGCUACUAGCUCAGGUACUAUCCUAUGUGAUACGUCUACCGGUCUACCUCGACCCAUCGUACCCUCUACCUAUCGCCGUCUCGUCUUCGAUGCCCUUCAUGGAUUGUCUCAUCCAGGUAUCGCAGCCACAUUACGUCUCAUCGCUGCACGAUACGUCUGGCCGUCCAUGAAUAAAGAUGUUCGUAUGUGGGUAAAGCAAUGCUUACAGUGUCAACGAUCAAAAGUGCACAGGCACGUAGCUGCCCCCAUUGGCACGUUCGCUACGCCUGAUGCUCGCUUUGAUCACGUUCAUAUAGACAUUGUAGGACCAUUGCCACCAUCGCAUGGGUAUGAUCACAUACUCACGUGCAUUGACCGUUUUACAAGAUGGCCCGAAGCUAUUCCCAUCACGUCUAUCACGGCGGAGACAGUUGCUCACCGCUUCGUAGAACGAUGGAUAGCAUUGUACGGUUGUCCCUCGACUGUCACGACUGACCGAGGACAACAAUUCGAGUCCGCAUUAUUCUCCUCACUGACCAGGCUGCUUGGUACGGAACGCAUACGCACUACCGCCUACCAUCCAGCAUCGAAUGGUUUAGUCGAAAGGUUUCAUCGCCAACUUAAAAGUGCUCUUCGAGCACACGAAAACGACAAUUGGUACGAAACCUUACCGCUCGUUCUCUUAGGCAUCAGAACGAGUUUGAAGGCAGAUAUCCAAUGUUCCGCCGCUGAACUUGUAUACGGCACGACAUUGCGUCUGCCUGGGGAAUUCUUCACACCACGGAGCAGUAAUGAUUUCGGUAAAUCAGACUACGUCCAUCGACUGUCUGCAUUUAUGCGAACGCUGUCUCCGGUGUCAACUCGAAUACAACAUCGACAGGUCGCUCUCCCUCGAGAGUUAUCUACCUGUUCACAUGUUUUCAUACGAGUAGAUUCGGUACGCAAACCUCUACAACAGCCUUACGAAGGCCCUUUUCACGUGAUCUCUCGUCACGAAAAGACCUUCAAGGUUGAUCGACACGGCCGCGUCGAGAUCGUCAGCAUUGAUCGUCUCAAACCAGCACACGUCGAUGACAGUGCCCUACCCAAUAACUUGAGACUCAAUGCUAGACCUACCAAACCCUCUAGCGGGAUCUCUACAUCUACCUCGGAUCCCACGCUAGAUACAUCAGAGACCUCGUUCUCACGUCCCGGUCAACAGCACGCGUCAUCUGCACCAUCUACGGACGAGACUUCCGUCUCACGUCCAGAUCGGCAGACCACGCCGCCCUUGACCUCGGAUGAGAUCGCAGGCUCACGAAGUACGAACGAGACUACCGUCUCACGUUCCGGUCGCCGAGUACGAUUACCCGUACGCUUUCGCGACUAAACGCACAGUCAAUAACGGAUACGGUGUAGGAUUAUUCCUAUACUACACGCAUGCUACACUUUUCUUUUUUUGAUUUUUUUUUGUAUCCUGAGCCCACGCCUCCGACCAUCGUCCAUUUGAUAACGUCGACUUCAGUCAACUUUGGCGAAAGCUGGUUUGGUCACCCACGCUCUAGUCAACGCACUCAGUCGAUUAUCUGGUCUCGAAUUCGCCUGGCAUAUGCUUGGUAGUUAUGGUCGCGUCCGGUUUCCUGGCUCAACGUGGUUUCGUCCUACGUCUGCAGCGUUUUCUGGUUCACAUCCCUACGAACGCAAUCAUCAGAUUCUGGAUACAAACCACUCUGGUGUGGUAUGCUAACUCGACCAACAAAUACAGCACACUUCUCCUGGUACCGUUCUGCGCAAAAGACUUUCGUUGGCAACUCGAGGAUCAAUGAUCACUUCCUGUUCCGCCAAUUUCCUCCGUCCUACAACCGCAAUUCUGCCGAUCAGUCCCACGAAUCAAACCGCUAACUAUCGAAAGUGUAAACCCUUUCUAGCGGGGGGCUCCUGUAGUGACCUACUUUUGUCAACAGAACACGAUUGGUUCGAUGAAAACAAUUAUUAUUAUAACCAAUUGUACCAGUGACUGUUUUACUGUGCUCGUUUGUUUAACUGUGCUAAUAACAGCCAUUUUGGGCUUCCAUUGUAUUCCGUUGCUUUUACGCGGUUUUUGGACUACGCACGUAUCUUAUCUUGCCGAUCGCAACUGUACUCCUUUGGCACGAUCUCGGUAUUCUUUCGAUACCACGAGAUCGCCAACAAAUAUAUACGACUACUACAAUCAUUUGCCUUCUGAUAUUUUGGCCUAUCGGAAUUUUAUUGGUCUAUUGGCAAGUAGUCUGGUAGCGGUG